GACUGUCAACAAUAUUGGCACCCCUCUUGGGGAAGAUUCGGGAAAAAUAAUUAAUUUAGUGUAAUAGUCCUAGUUAAGAUAUUAUUUAUGUAUGUUUUACGCCAUAAUUGUUAAUUAAUUGUGUGUUAAGUUUUUCUUAAGUGCCUAAAUGUGUUUGAGUGGGUACCAACCCCGCAUGUAAAAACUCUCUAGCGUCAGACUGUCAACAACUGUGUGAAAAUGGCUGUGUUAGCGGCAGCUCAGCUUCUAGACGAGUUAAUGGGGCGAAAUCGCAACGUGGCCCCUAACGAAAAGGUCAAAGAAUUGAAUUGGGAGGACCCGGAAUACUGUAAAUAUUUCAUGGUAAAAUUCUGCCCUCACGACUUAUUUGUGAAUACUCGAGCCGAUUUGGGCGCCUGUUCGAAAGUGCACGAUGAGGAAAUCCGUAAAAUGUUCCAACAAGCGAAACCGCAUCGCAAAAUCCACUACCAGGAAGAAUUUAUCAGAUUUUGCUCUUCUAUGAUAAAUGAAGUUGAACGUAAAAUACAAAAGGGCAAAAUGCGACUAGCCUUGAGCGGUAAAACUGAGUUGCCGUCGAUAUCGCCAGCACAGUCUCAGAAAAACCAGGAACAGAUUAAAAUCCUAAAUGAGCGAAUUAAUGGCCUGGAGGCUGAGGCAGAGCAAGCUGGGACUGACGGUAACGUCGAGCAGGCACAAGGCUUGAUGAAACUGUGCGACCAGUUGAAAGAAGAGCGCGAUUCGUUGCGAAAACAAAUCGAAAAUGGGCAUUGGAACGCCACAGCUGAGUUGGCGGCGGCCCAAGAGAAACAAAUGGAAGUGUGUCAAGUCUGUGGGGCGUUUCUCAUCGUCGGGGACGCCCAACAAAGGAUAGAUGACCAUUUAAUGGGCAAACAACACGUGGGUUUUGCACGUUUGAAAUCCGCUCUGGAGGAAAUCACAGCUGUGGUCCAAGCCGCUAAAGAGGAGCGCCGCUCCGGCCGGAGUAGCCGUGAAUCCGAGCGUGAGCGCGAACGAGACAGAGAUAGGGAGAAACGACGUGAAUUGGAACAUAGUCGCUCAGAACAUAGGUCGGAUAAAGACAAGGAAAAGGAGAGGAGAGAUAAGGAGAAGGAACGAGAAAAGGAACGGAAAGAAAGGAGAGAUAGAGAGGCACACAGGACGAAAGAGAGAGAACGCGAAAGGGAGAAGGAGAGGGAAAGAGACCGGAAACAUCGGGAUUCCGGGAGGAGUCGUCACCACCAAUACAGACGCUGAUUGGUUUUCUCUUAGACCAGUAAGAUCAAGCAAUCCAGGUAGGUGGCUUUCUAGGGUUUUUUAAAUUUUUCUUUCAGCUCCACAGGUUAGUGAUUGCAUAAGUGACCUUAUUUUUUGUUUUAAAAAAUUAUAACUUGCGAAUCGAACAAAAUUUGUGGAAUUCUUUAAUUUUAUAAGAAUUUCACUAAAUACAACAAUUGGAUAAUAAAAUUAAUAAUUGUGUAAUAAACAUAAAUCGUCCAAUUGUUGUUUUUGCUUUGGCGGUGUUUUUAAUGCGAGAGGCAGGAAACGGUUGACUCCAUUUUUGUUUCUUAUAAGUUUUCAGCUGUAUUCAGGUAUCGAUCGAGAUGGUGUCGCCACUUGGUCGCACUCACACAUUCGGUUGUUUUUGUACUUACCUGACAUUUUAAAAGAGGUAUUUAUACAUUGCACAUAGGAGUAUUGCUCCAUGCGACGUCGGUUUUAUCCUUGUUCGAAAAAAAAAAAUUGGUAGAUGCUGAAAAUGGGGCUAAAAUCCGACGUUCGCUGUAUUAGUUCAAAUAACGCCGUUGUACUCGAGGUAUUUAUCACGUGUUUGGAGGAAAAGUCUUUAAUUUACAUAGAAUUGAUGUUUGAUGGUUGUGUUAGAGACAUUUCGUCCGAAUUAGUCGGUCAAAUCAUGAAAAAAAACGCCCCCUGUAUAGUAUCAGCGUCUCAUCACUGGUCUGGAUUUUUGCAGUUGGCUACAAACAGGUGAGGUGUCGAGGUCUCCGACUGGCGUUUGGUCUUCUGUGCAAUGAGGUGAUGAUUGUGUUUCCAUUACAUUAAAUUAUUUUCCCGUUCCAAAUGGAAGCACAGUUUUUUAUACUCUUGUAAAUUAUUAUAGGAUAGGUUAUGUUAAUUGUGACAAUUUACAAAUAAAAUUAGCAAUACUGUUA